AUGUCGCAUACCCUUUCCCAGAAAUAUCUGAGUACGCGGGGUGCCUCCUACGGACUGUCCUUCGAGGAUGUCGUCCUGAAGGGAUUGGCCUCGGAUGGGGGCCUCUUCAUCCCCGAGGAAAUCCCUGCCCUGCCCGCCUCGUGGGAGUCGGAGUGGCGCGAUCUGAGUUUCGAAGAUCUCGCCUUCCGGAUCAUGUCCUUGUACAUUUCACCAUCGGAAAUCCCCUCCGAAGACCUCAAGGGCAUCAUCAAGCGCUCCUACGCGACCUUCCGCCACUCCGAACGCACUCCCGUUGUCGAGUUGGACCCUAAGCAGAACCUCUACCUCCUCGAACUCUUCCACGGACCGACUUUUGCCUUCAAGGAUGUGGCUCUUCAGUUCCUUGGAAACCUGUUUGAGUACUUCCUGGUGCGCAAGAACCAAGAUAAGCAGGAUCAGGACAGACAUCACCUUACAGUCGUUGGCGCGACCAGCGGCGACACUGGCUCUGCUGCCAUCUACGGCCUCCGCGGCAAGAAGGACGUUUCUAUUUUCAUCCUGUUCCCCACGGGAAAGGUGUCCCCCAUCCAACAAGCUCAGAUGACCACUGUCCUGGACCCCAACGUGCACAAUCUUACCGUCGAUGGCUCCUUCGAUGACUGCCAAGAUAUCGUCAAGGCCCUCUUUGCCGACCCCGAGCUCAACUCUACCCACAACCUCGCCGCCGUCAACUCCAUCAACUGGGCUCGCAUCCUCGCUCAGAUCACAUACUAUUUCUACUCUUACUUUGCCGUCACCAAGACCGCCGGUUUCACCCAGGACUCCCAGGUUCGCUUUGUCGUGCCGUCCGGCAAUUUUGGCGACAUCCUGGCUGGUUGGUUCGCCAAGCAGAUGGGACUUGCCGCAGACAAGCUCGUCAUCGCCACGAAUGAGAACGACAUUCUUGACCGUUUCUUCCGUAGCGGCGGUAAUUACUCCAAGAACGACUCCCAAGGCAUGGGUGUCAAGGAAACCCACAGCCCCGCCAUGGACAUCCUCGUCAGCAGCAACUUCGAGCGUCUCCUGUGGUUCCUGGCUUUCCAGACCAGCACCGCCAGUUCCGUUGCCGAGAAGCGCAAGCAAGCCUCGGAGAGCGUCAGCGGCUGGCUCAACCAGCUUAAAACCCAAGGCGGUUUCAGCGUCCCCGCUGCCGUCCUCGACGCUGCCAAGGCGGAGUUCGAGAGUGAGCGCGUCAGCAACGACGAGACCAUCUCCCAGAUCCGCUCCACCUACAACACCUGCUUCCCUUCUAACCUUGGGGCCGGAAGCGCCAAGAGCUCCAAGACCGGUGGCUACAUCCUCGACCCUCACUCCGCUAUCGCUGUUAAUGCUUCGUUGCGCUCUAUCGCCCGCAACCCGGGAACAAAACAUAUCUCCCUUUCCACCGCUCACCCGGCCAAGUUUGCCAGUGCCGUUGAUCUCUCCCUCCAGGGUCAGGAUGGCUACAGCUUCCAGGAAGUUCUGCCCCAGGAGUUUAUUGGUCUCGAGGAGCGCGAGAGCAGAGUUACCCCCGUUGGGGCCUCUGCCGGAUGGCAGGGUGUGCGUGAGAUUGUGAAGGCCGAGGUUGAACAGGAGCUCCAGGGACUGCGUUAG